CUCGACUCCACUUUUUAACCUCACUAUAUGGAUAAGAAGCGCCGGCCUCUUGGAAUAGCUGCUAGCCAAAGGAAAAGAGUACAAGAAGCACAGGAAAAGGUUAAUAAUACCUUCCCUAAUGGCUGGAAGGCAAAAGCGCUAUUAGAUUUGGCACAACUUGCUAGUGAAGGAGUAGAUAUUGAUAUUGAAGGAUUAAUUGAUAUUGAUACGAGUCUUAAUAAGAGUUUAACUAUUGAUAAGAAUGAAUCCAGUCUAAAUAGACAGGAUUAUGUUGAUUUAUAUGGAGAAGGAUUUUGUUUAAGUGCAGAAUUGGCGGAUUCAUUUAUUUCGACGACAUUUUUAUUAAUUGAUGCAGCUAUUAAGUGCUGCAAUGCAGCAUUAGAAGGAGAAUCGUGGGUAAAUAAAGGGACAUCAAUUGAAGAAAUGGAUCGGGAAACUAUUCAGUGUCUUCGUGGUCAAGCAAAGCUUACAAAACUUAUGCAUCAGCCUCAACGAUGUUAUGAAUUAAUUAAACCUACAUUAAAAAGUGCGAUGAAAGAUUUAGAUGCAUCUAAUUCAGUAGAAGUAUAUCGUACAAUUACACCUUUGGUUCAUUGGAUUGCAAGGAUUGGAGAUGAAUGUAGCGAAAAUGUAGAAAAAAAGGUGAUUAAUGAAUGGGUAGCAUCAAAAUGGCAAUUAUUAUUGAAUGAUAAUGAAUCAGAUGCAGAAGCAUUGGAAGGGUUAGGAUUUAUUGAAUUAUCUAUGUCAAAUGCUUAUCUUGAACCUAUCGAAGAGAUGGAAGAAAUAAAAGAAGAAACGAAUGCAGUGAUUCAGGCAGAAAAUCAUUUAAAAAAAGCGAUAGAGUAUUUUAUGAAAGCGUAUGAAGUACAAAAAGGGGAUAGUAUUUCAGAGAAUUUAUUUAUGAUGUUAGCGGAGGCAAAAAUAUCAUUGGUAAAUUUGAAAAGUAAAGAUAAACAAUCAGAGGAAUAUAAAAAUGUAUUAAAACAAUUAAGAGAGAUUGGUUUAAAUCAAUCCGGUCAGUUACCAGAUCAUUUACAAGAUAUUUUAAAUGAAUUUGAUACAUUAUAAAUAUUUCGAAUCUUUCAACAUCAAAUCCAUUAUCUAGAUACACUAAAACUUCUUCCUGACGCAGUCUUUUUUUCUUUUUCUGUAUUCUCUAAUUUAGCUCGAUUCAAAAUCUUUAAAAAUUCUGCUACUCUGGCUCGCAUCUAAAAAUAUAAGAAAGUUAAUUUAUUUAGAACAUAUGCUUACACGUUCAUGCAUAUGUACUUUAGAUGCUUUAAUAUGGUAACAUAACAUAUUUCGAAACAAUUGAAUUUUUGCAAUACAAUUAUCUUUUUUUUGAGGUGUAUAAUGUUGAGGAAAUAAAACUACAAAAAAAAAUCAAUACAAAUUUAAAUCUUCUGGAUAAUUUACCAAAUGUUACAUAGCCUAUAUUAUCAGAUAAUUUUAAAUCAUUUAAUGAUUGAAUUUCUAAAGGUGGAUCACGAUAUGAAUAAAAAACUUGAGGUGCAUUUUGAAUUGCUGGUCUUCGACGUGCAUCAACAAAUUCCUAAUUUAUCAAUUAUAAACUAUUUCUUGUAUUUUUAAUAUCUUUCCUGCAAAAAUACUUUUCCUAAAAUUCUAUCUGUUUCUUCCUUAAAAAUCGUACUAAAAAUAACUGUUACUCUAUCUGAAGAUGGAAUAAUAAAAAUAGCCUCUUCAUCUCUAUAUUGUAUUUUUAUAAUUUCCUUCUCUAUAUUCUUAGUAUUUUGUUCAUCUUUUUGCUCUUUCUCUAGAACUUGUUGUAUAUAAAACGCCUUUUCAAAUGGCGCUGAUAGUAUAUUUCUCUUAAGUAAUCCAAUACAACGAACAAGUUCCUUCUUUUCCUUCUCAUCUUCCGAUAUCUUUUCCUGAUCAAUAUAUAGUGAAAAAUCAUAUUUUUCCUCUGCAGAAACAAUUAAUCCUCCAUAAUAUCUUUCAAGAACUUCUUGUAAAUCAUAUU